AGAUAUGGAAUCAAGGGAGGAAACUGACAGUGACACAUACAUGAAUAAUUCCAAGGAAUUCACUGUUACAGAAAUAUUACUGUAAGGAUUAAACGAAUGACAUAUUGGCAGCAUUUCUAAAAAUCCAUAACACACGUUCUAGUAUAUAAUAGUUUUUUUUUAGGAAAAAGUAUAUAUAUAUAUACCCCGUGGUCUGCUUAAACGGGUAACGUGAGUUUCAUUUCUUCGGAGAAUUAAUAUAUCAGAAAGGACUGCUUUGCAACCUGAUUGGGAAUAUAUGAGCAUAGACCUUCACUGUACGAAACAAUAAAACAUAUAAUUAGAUGAGUACGGACACAAGAAGACACAGAAGGGCCUGCGAAAAUGGAAGACCUAGAAAGGACUGUGCAAGUGGAUGUCCUAGAAGAGAAUGUGAAAAUGGAUGACAUAGAAAAACAUACUGUGGAAAUAGAUAGCAAAAUAAAACAUACUCUGAAAAUGAAUGACCUUGAAAAGAAUGAAAAAAUCAAUGACCUAGAGGAGAUUGUUAAAAUGGAUGAGAUAGAAAAGACUGUAAACAUGGAUGACAGAGGAGUAAAUGUGAAAAUAGAUGACACUAAAAAGAAAACUGUUACAAUGGUUGGCCUAGAAGAGAAUGUUGAUAACAUAGAAAAAGAUUCUAUGAAAAUGAAUGGCAUAGAAAUGACUGUGGAUAUGGAAAACAUAGAUGAGAAUAUAGAAGCGGAUGCUAUAGAAAAGAAUGUAAAAAUGAAUGACAUAGAAAAGACUGUGAAUAAGGAUAAUUUAGGAAAGACUGUGAAAUUAGAUGACAUAGAAAAAACUUUGAAAAUAGAUGUAAUAGGAGAGAAAGUGAAAAUGAAUGACACAGAAAAGACUGUGAAAAUGGAUGACAAAUUAGAGACUGUGAAUUUGGAUGACAUAGAAAAGACUGUGAAAAUGAAUGACAUAAUAGAGACUGCGAAAAUAGUUGAAACAGAAAAAACUAUGGAACUGGAUAACAUAAAAAAGAGUUUAGAUAUGAAUGACAUAGAAAAGAAUGUUAAAAUGGAUGACAUAGAAAAGAAUGUUAAAAUGAAUGACACAGAAAAAACUGCUGAAAAUGAUAACCUAGAAAUAAGUGACAUAGAAAAGGGUUUGAAUAUCGAUGACCUAGAAGCGAAUGUGAAAAAAGAUGUCAUAGAAAAGAAUGUGAUUAUGGAUGACAAAGAGAAAAGUUUGAAUAUGGAUGACAUAGAAAAAAAUGUGAAAAUGAAUGACAAAGAAAAGAGCCUAAAAUCAGAUCGCCUAGUUAAUAGACAGGAAAAUAAUUUCAUUUGUGGAACAUGUGGCAAAAGUUUCAGAUAUAAUAGUCAACUUAAAGCCCAUAUUCCAACUCACUUGGAUAAAAGCUCUCGACCAUAUAAAUGUGAAUUUUGCCCAUGUUCUUAUGCUAUACCAUGUAGGUUAAAAGCUCAUAGGAUUAAGCAUACAGGAGUUAUCCCACUUGAUUGUGACUACUGUAAAAAGUCAUACACUGAUAAAGCCGAAUUCAUACAGCAUAUGAAAUUGCAUGACCAUGAAGACAAAUAUUUUUGCACUCUUUGUCACAAAAGGUUUAAGAAAAUAAAUUCACUAACAGGGCAUUAUAAGUCCCACUAUAAACCAAGGGAACAUAAAUGUGAUAUUUGUCUGCAAGCCUUCCUGUCCGGGAGUCAUUUACAAAGACAUAGAAAUUCAGUUCACCAAGAAGCCGAAAGAAAAGUUUGUAAACUGUGUAAUAAAACAUUUUCCUGCGAUGCCUCCUUGAAUCAACAUAUGAAGCGUCACAUAUCAGAAAAAGAUUAUAUGUGUGAUAUGUGCGGGAAAAGGUUCAAAACGUUUCAAGAUGUUAGAAAACAUAUAUCAUCCCAUGUGUUAUCAAAACUUUUUGAUUGCACUAUUUGUGAAAAUUCAUUUGCAAAUUACGAAGUGUUAAAGAAGCAUCUACGGACUCACGAUACAACAAGGGAAAAGACAUUUAAGUGUGACUUGUGCGGCAAAGCUUUUAUGACCCAUGGUAAUCUUAAACAACAUAUAAGAUAUCAUGGUGCGAAAAAAGAUGCAAAAUGUAAUGUUUGUGGCAAAUCAUUCAUGAAAAGAGACUUACAAAAGCAUUUAAGAAUUCAUUCGGAAUGUUUGCACAAGUGUUAUGUUUGUGGAAAAGAAUUCCAUGCUCCAGCUGAUUUACGUAGGCACAUGUUUAUACAUACUGGAGAGAAACCUUAUGUUUGUGAAUACUGUAACACGGCGUUCAAUUGCAGCUCAAAUUUGUGUAGACACAAGAAACAUAAGCAUGCUGUAUCAAGGCUUUACUUGUGCAAUAUUUGUGAUAGGACGUUUAAAACAAAGAAUUGUCUUCACAGUCACAAGAAGACUGGUCUACAUAGGAAUACUUUAAUCUUGCUUGGUAAAAACACAUAAACUUUUUUGUUAUGACAACAUCUUGUUUUAAAUACAAUGGCAACAUCAUGUUUUAAGUACAAUGACAACAUCAUGUUAUAAGUACAAUGGCAACAUCAUGUUAUAAGAACAAUGGCAACAUUAUAUUUUAAGUACAAUGGCAACAUCAUGUUAUAGGUGCAAUAGCAACAUCAUGUAAUAAGUACAAUGACAACAUCAUGUUAUAGGUGCAAUAGCAACAUCAUGUAAUAAGUACAAUGGCAACAUUAUGUUAUAAGUACAAUGGCAACAUCAUGUUAUAAAUACAAUGGCAACAUUAUGUAAUAAGUACAAUGGCAACAUUAUGUUAUAAUCGUGUUUUAAGAAAAUUGACAUCAUGUUUUAAGUACAAUGGCAACAUGUUAUAAGAACAAUGACAUCAUGUUAUAAGUACAAUGGCAACAUCAUGUUUUAAGUACAAUGACAACAUCAUGUUAUAAGAACAAUGGCAACAUUAUAUUUUAAGAACAAUGACAACAUCAUGUUAUAGGUGCAAUAGCAACAUCAUGUAAUAAGUACAAUGGCAACUUUAUGUUAUAAGUACAAUGGCAACAUCAUGUUAUAAAUACAAUGGCAACAUUAUGUAAUAAGUACAAUGGCAACAUUAUGUUAUAAGUACAAUGGCAACAUCAUGUUAUAAAUACAAUGGCAACAUCAUGUAAUAAGUGCAAUCGCAACAUUAUGUUAUAAGUACAAUGACAACAUCAUGUUUUAAGUACAAUGGCAACAUGUUAUAAGAACAAUGACAUCAUGUUAUAAGUACAAUGGCAACAUUAUGUUUUAAGUACAAUGACAACAUCAUGUUUGUAUUAGAACAAUUGCAACAUCGUGUUAUAAGUACCAUGACAACAUCAUCUUAUAAGUACAAUGACGAUAAAGUGUUAUAAGUACAAUUGCAACAUCAUGUUUUAAGUACAUGGGCGAUAUUAUGUUAUUAGAACAAUGGAGGCAUCAUGUUAUAUAAAUACAAUGGCCACAUCAUGUUAUAAGUACAAUGGCAACAACAUGUUUUAAGUACAAUGACAACAUCUUGCUGUAAGUACAAUGGCAACAUCAUGUUAUAAGUACAAUGGCAACAUCAUAAAAUAAGUAUGAUGGCAACAUCAUGUUAUAAGAACAAUGGCAACAUCAUGUUUUAAGUACAAUGGCGAUAUCAUGUUUUAAGUACAAUUGCAACAUGAUGUUUUAAGUACAAUGGUAACAUAAUCUUAUAAGUACAAUGGCGAAAUCAUGUUAUAAGUAUAAUGGCAACCGCAUGUCAUAAGAACAAUGACAACAUCAUGUUUUAAGAACAUGGGCGAUAUUAUGUUAUUGGAACAAUGGAGACACCAUGUUAUAUAAAUACAAUGGCAACAUCAUGUUAUAAGAACAAUGCCAGCAUCAUGUUAUUAGUACAAUGCUAGCAUCAUGUUAUAAGUAAAAUGGCGACAUAAUGUUUUAAGUACAAUGGCAACAUAAUGUUAUUAGUACAAUGCUAGCAUCAUGUUAUAAGUAAAAUGGCGACAUCAUGUUUUAAGUACAAUGGUGACAUCAUGUUAUAAAUACAAUGGCAACAUCAUGUUAUAUUUACAAUGACAGCAUCAUCUUAUUAGAAAAUGUAUAAUCGGACUAAGAAACACGUUUUUAUCUUUGAAAAUGUUGGCAUCUUUUGACAGAGCUUCUUUUAAGUUUCAAAAUUUAGAAGUCAGAAACCGCAAAGCCACUGACAUUGGAAGUCACAUGAUACAAGAAAAGAAGGAAAAAUAUUUGAAACUAGAAGUCACAAGCCAAAACCAAGGAGGAAAUGACUCUCAAACUUGCAAUAAUUUAAGCCCUGAUUCUGAUGCAUAAGAGCCAUGCAAUAUAGCUACCAGAAUAAUUGAGCUGUGUCACGACAAAACCAACAUAAUGGGUUUGCAACCAGCAUGGAUCCAGACCAGCCUGCGCAUCUGCGCAGUCUGAUCAGGAUCCAUGCGGUUCGCUAUCAGUUUCUCUACUUGUUAUAGAGUUUGUAAGGGAACAGCAUGGAUCCUGAUCAGACUGCGCGGAUGCGCAGGCUGGUCUGGAUCCAUGCUGGUCGCAAACCCAUUAUGUUGGUUUUGUCAUGACACGGCUCAAUUGAUAAUUAUAGUUAUAACAUUUGAUUUACAUUUGGAUAUAAAAGUUUAGACAAUAUUGCUUUUUCAUUGUCAUUACAACGUUUAAAAAAUCACCGUAUUUUAAAUUACUAUUAGCUUCUUGUGUGUUUAAGUCAUUAUGAUAUUAAAAUGUUAUGCUGAUGUAUAUAUUUGACUGUAGGUUUAUUCAUUUGAUAAAUUUGGAAAAUUCAACAUUUGUUCACAAUUAUUAAAUUGUCUCUUAUCACAUAGUUGUAUUUAUAUUUUUGCUUGUAUAUCAAAAAAAAAGGUUUUUAUUUUUCAACUGCUUAUAAAAACAAGAUGUGCUCGGUGUUACAUGGCAAUUAAU